AUGACGAUGCAAGAAUCCGCAAUACAAUCAUCACCCAGAAACUCCGGCGUCGCUAAAGAUUCUCCGUCUUCUUCUACUCCUCCUCCUCCUCCUACUUGUUCUCCUUCUUCUCAGGUGAAAGAACAAUCUACCGAAGAUGUCUCCAGAUCUCAACCAAAUGGAAGCCAAUUGGAUGUUUCAAUCCAAAUACCGCCAAAACCUUCGCCGAAUUUAGGAAUCUUGCGAAAUCUGAGCCUGAAAAGGAAAGCUUCUCUACCAAACUACGAGAGAAGAUUGCUACUUGGUCCCAGCGUUACAGAAACCAACGAAAAGCCUCUUGUUACAAGCCCGGUCACUUCUCCAUAUUGGAAAAGAUGUUUGUCACUUCCUUCUACAAAUGCUGCUAAAUUGGCUCUGGUUACAUCUACACCCCCUGUUUCAGCUGUGGCUCAGAGUGAACCAGCUAGAUCUAGUAACGAUGGUCCAUCAUCAGUUUCAAGAUCACUGUCCAUGCCAGGGAGAAACAAAGUGAUUGUACGAGCUGUCUCUUUUGACCAAAACAAAGAUCACAUUUCGAAUGAAGCAAGUGGUGAUCAAAUCACUCCGGUUCCUGCGGAAGAAACAGAAGAAGAGAUCCCUGAAGAAGAAGCGGUGUGCAGGAUUUGUCUCGAUGUGUGCGAAGAAGGCAACACACUGAAAAUGGAAUGCAGCUGCAAAGGCGACCUCAGGCUCGUUCAUGAACACUGUGCCAUCAAGUGGUUUAGUACAAAGGGAACGAGAAUCUGCGACGUUUGCAGGCAAGAAGUCCGGAACUUACCAGUGAUCUUGCUCCGUGUCCCAACAAUCAAUCAACUUACCAAUAGACGGGAACUCACUCAGCGGAAUCAACAGCCACAAGCCGUUAGUCUCGGUCAAGAGUUUGCAGUGCUUGUACUCAUCAGCGCUGUCUGCUACUUCUUCUUCCUUGAACAUUUACUGAUUCGUGACUUGAAUACACAGGCUAUCUUUGUGGCAGCACCAUUUUCAUUCACCUUUGGUCUAAUAUCCUCAACUCUUGCCGUCAUCCUCGCUGUUAGAGAAUACAUAUGGACUUACGCAGCUCUCGAGUUCGCACUAGUGGCCUUGUUUGUUCAUCUGUUUUACGUUCAAGCUGCUAUACCGGUUGUAUAUUCAAUGCUUUUCGCGGGCAUUUUGGGUUUCGGGAUUGCAAUGGGCUUAAACGUGUUGUACAUUUGUUGUUCCUCUCGGCUUCUCCGGCAACAACAGAACCGGAACUUAGUAUAA